AUGCGUUGGGGGCUGUGCACUCGCGGGCCGGGCGCAGCGGGUCUGGCCGCGGCCCGGAAUCUGUGGGUGCCGCCCCGCCUUCCCUGUCUCCCAGGGUGGCAAGGGACGACAGGGAGGCCUUUGGUACGGCCGGUGACCGGGGCCAGUAACCAGCUGCAGAACUCGAGUAAUGGCAGAUACCGGGACACUGUGUUGCUGCCGCAGACCAGCUUCCCCAUGAAGCUGCUGGGCCGCCAGCAGCCUGACACGGAGCUGGAGAUCCAGCAGAAAUGUGGAUUUUCAGAGCUUUAUUCAUGGCAAAGAGAAAGAAAAGUAAAGACAGAAUUUUGUCUUCAUGAUGGACCUCCUUAUGCAAAUGGUGACCCUCAUGUUGGACAUGCUUUAAAUAAGAUUUUGAAAGAUAUAGCCAAUCGAUACCAUAUGAUGAGGGGGUCCAAAAUACAUUUUGUGCCAGGCUGGGAUUGUCAUGGGUUACCCAUUGAAAUAAAAGUAUUAUCAGAACUUGGUGGAAAGGCUCAGAAUCUGUCAGCUGUGGAAAUUAGAGAGAAAGCUAGAUCAUUUGCUAAAGCAGCAAUUGAGAAACAGAGAUUAGCGUUUAUUCGCUGGGGAAUAAUGGCAGAUUGGAAUAAUUGCUACUAUACAUUUGAUGGAAGUUAUGAGGCCAAACAGUUGAGAAUUUUUUACCAAAUGUAUGAUAAGGGCUUGAUUUAUCGAUCUUACAAACCUGUGUUUUGGUCUCCCUCAUCAAGGACUGCAUUGGCUGAAGCAGAACUUGAAUAUAAUCCUGAGCAUGUCAGUCGCUCAAUAUAUGUGAAAUUCCCUCUCUUGAAACCUUCUCCUAAGUUGGCAUCUCUGAUAGAUGAUUCAUCUCCUGUUAGUUUUUUAGUCUGGACCACCCAGCCUUGGACAGUUCCAGCCAAUCAAGCUGUUUGCUAUAUGCCAAACUCAACUUAUGCUGUUGUGAAAUGUUCCAAAUCCAGAAACCUCUACAUACUGGCUGCAGAUAAAGUAACAUCUGUUGCUUCUGCUUUGGAAACAACAUUUGAGGUUAUUUCAACAUUUUCAGGUUCAGAUUUGGAAGAUGGUACUUGUUCUCAUCCUUUAAUUCCUGGUAAAGUCUCUCCGCUUUUAUCUGCAAAUCAUGUGACCAUGACAAAAGGAACGGGAUUGGUGCACACAGCGCCAGCUCACGGUAUGGAAGAUUACAGUGUGGCUUCUCAGCACGGCCUGACCAUGGAUUGUUUAGUGGAUGAAGAUGGAGUUUUCACUGAUACUGCAGGUCCUGAACUUAAAAACAAGGCUGUGCUUGAAGAGGGAACAGAUGCCGUUAUAAAGAUGCUUCAGGCUGCAGAUAAUUUGUUGAAAGAGGAAAGACUGGUACACAGCUAUCCCUAUGACUGGAGGACUAAGAAACCAGUGCUUAUUCGUGCCAGCAAGCAGUGGUUUGUAAAUAUCACGGAUAUUAAGACUACAGCCAAGGAAUUGUUAAAAAAAGUGACAUUUAUUCCCGGAUCAGCACUGAAUGCCAUGGUCGAAAUGCUGGACAGACGGCCGUAUUGGUGUAUAUCAAGGCAAAGAGUUUGGGGUGUUCCAAUUCCUGUGUUUCAUCAUAAGACAAAAGAUGAAUUCUUGAUCAACAGCCAAACCAUUGAGCAUAUUAUUAAACUAGUGGAACAAUUUGGCAGUGAUGUCUGGUGGACCCUUCCCCCUGAGCAACUCCUUCCAAAAGAAGUCUUAUCUCAGGUCGGUGGUCCUGACGCUUUGGAGUAUGAGCCGGGUCAGGAUAUCCUGGACAUCUGGUUUGACAGUGGCACGUCGUGGUCUUGUGUUCUUCCAGGUACUGAUCAAAGAGCAGACUUGUACUUGGAAGGAAAAGACCAGCUUGGUGGCUGGUUCCAGUCCUCUUUACUAACGAGUGUGGCAGCAAAGCAGAGGGCCCCUUUUAGGACAGUGGUGGUUCAUGGAUUUACUCUCGGAGAAAAGGGAGAGAAGAUGUCCAAGUCUCUUGGCAAUGUCAUUGACCCUGAUGUUGUCAUUAAUGGAGGACAAGAUCAAAGCAAAGAGCCCCCCUAUGGUGCAGAUGUCCUUCGCUGGUGGGUAGCUGAGUCCAAUGUCUUCACUGAAGUGACAAUUAGUCCAUCUGUACUUAACGCUGCCAGAGAUGAUAUUAGCAAGCUUAGGAAUACACUCCGCUUUCUUUUGGGAAAUGUGGCUGGCUUCAACCCAGAAACGGAUUCCAUUCCUGUUAACAAUAUGUAUGUCAUAGACCAAUAUAUGCUACACUUACUGCAGGAUUUAGCAAGCAAGAUUACCAGUUCAUAUAAACAAUAUGAUUUUGGAAAAGUUGUUCGGCUGUUACGAGCAUUUUAUACCAGAGAACUCUCUAACUUUUAUUUCAGCAUAAUCAAAGAUAGGCUUUACUGUGAAGACGCAGACGGUCCCAAACGGCGCUCGUGCCAGACGGCGUUAGCUGAAGUUCUGGAUGUGAUAGUGCGUUCUCUGGCCCCCAUCCUUCCUCACUUGGCCGAAGAGGUGUUCCAGCACAUACCGUAUAUUAAAGAACCCAAGAGUGUGUUUCGUACUGGCUGGAUUAAAACCAGUUCUAUCUGGAAGAAGCCCGGGUUGGAGGAAGCGGUGGAGAGCGCGUGCGCCAUGAGGGAUUCGUUUCUCGGCAGCAUCCCCGGCAGAAACGCCGCGGAGUACGAGGUCGUCAUUGUGAUAGAGCCUGGGCUCCUUUUUGAGAUAAUAGAGAUGCUGCAAGCUGAGGAGACUUCCAGCACCUCUCAGCUGAAUGAGUUAAUGAUGGCUUCGCAGACGACUCUGCUGCCUCAGGAACCAAAGGCAUUAACUGCAGAUGUAAUUGAACGUAAAGGGACAUUCCUAAUCAACUUAGAAGGUGGUGAUAUUCGUGAAGAGUCUUCAUAUAAAGUUAUUGUCAUGCCAACUACAAAAGAAAAAUGCCCUCGUUGUUGGAAGCAUACAGCUGAGGCUUCAGAGACACUCUGUCCCCGGUGCAUGGAAGUUGUUAGUAGGAAGUAGUCACUGUGGUGGUGACCAUUCUCUGAGUAAGAACAGCCCUUACACACACACACACACUCACACUCACUCACUAACUCACUCCCCGAACCAAGAGCUUAGAUGGAUUGUUGACAACACUGGAAAGAAAUCCAAGGUUUAGGGAAUGAGUGGGCCAGCAAAUGGUAGAAGGUGAGGGUCAAAGUCAGAAUAUUAAUUCUUUGACUAAGAUUGAUAAAAAAUGUGUGUAUAUAUAUAUAUAUGUGGAAAAAAUGUAUUUGCAGGUGGAUAUAGAUAUAUCCAUAAUGGACUUAUUCUGAACUUAGUGCAUAUGCUUGCCUUGAUAUGUGGCUGAGCAGAAAAUGUUUUAUAUUUUAUAAAUCUUUUUGACUCAUAUAAGUCCUAUAAUGUCUAAAAAUAAAGGUCUCUGGAAAAUUA